AUGUAUAAACUCAUUGUUUUAUUAUUUGUUUUGCAUAUAACCUAUCCAAAGAGUGCUAUAUCGAUACCAGAAUCAGUGUACACAAUAAUUCCCGCACAAUCCGACAGAUCGAAUAUUUGUUGCGAUGCGCAAAUCAUGAUCGAAUCUAUUGAAGAUAGUCGAUGUCCGCUGAAUGUACAAUGUAUUUGGGCUGGACAAGCGAAAGUACAAAUAGCUGUUUCAAAAGCAGAAAUGUCAAGUACUGCUGAGUUAGUUAUCGGUGCAAAUCCUCAAAAUAAUGCUAUUGUGACUGUUGGUACUAAUCAAUAUAGUAUUACUCUUGAGAAAGUCAUUCCAUACCAUGGUGAUGGACAGACUGGUGAACAAAAGGAAGCUGUUCUUCAAGUUGAAUGUUUAUAA